UAAAUUAUCCAGAAUGCCGCACUACCCAGACGAAAUAGAAUACUCAGAUAAGUAUUAUGACGACGAGUACGAGUACAGACAUGUUUCCCUUCCCAGGAAAAUCUACAAAAUGAUCCCUCCAGGCAAGCUUCUUGAGGAAGACGAAUGGAGAGGCAUCGGAGUUCAGCAGUCAAGAGGAUGGGCUCAUUAUGAAAUUCAUGACCCUGAGCCUUAUAUUUUGUUGUUUAGAAGACCUCUCGGAACAGAUCCUCUGACUGGAAAAAUAUUAAAGUAAACCUUCUGUUGUAAUAAUGAAGUCUAAGUAAUCCUUCUCUUUAAAAAUUCAGCUUGAACAAAACUUUUUGAUUUCUGUACCAAUUCUAUUUAUGAAACCUGUAAUCUAGGACCUUCAAAAGCACAGCUAGUAGCUCUUACCUUGGAGGGAUGGUAUAGGGCCAAGGCUAUUUCCUCAGCAAUAGGUACCACAGUUUAGCACCUUUUCACCUAAGUUAUAUACCCUCUCAGAUGAGAGAUUCAUGAAAUAGUCUUUGCAUCUUGGUAUUUUUACUAAGAGUUU